AUGUACUGUGUCAUCAUCGGUGCCACUGGCAGUGGAAAGACAACGCAGGUGCCCCAGAUCCUGCUCGACCAGGCCAUCGAGAACGGGACAGGUGCUUCCUGCAAUAUCGUUUGCACACAGCCUCGCCGCAUUGCAGCCACGUCGGUGGCCAAGAGAGUAGCAGAUGAGCGCGCCGAGAAGCUACAAGACACCGUCGGCUACCAAGUGCGGUUCGAUGCAAAGCUGCCAAAGCCAGGUGGCAGCAUCGUCUACUGUACAACUGGCAUCUUGUUACAACAGCUCCAGCAUUCGCCGGAUGAGGUCUACGACAACGUCUCGCACCUGGUCAUCGAUGAAGUCCACGAGAGGGAUAUCAUCAUCGACUUCCUCCUCAUCAUGCUCAAGAAAACCAUGGCUGCUCAUCAGCCAACAAAUUGUCCAACCUUGAGUGUACCGGGAAGGACAUUUCCAGUGACAGAACGCUACCUGGAGAACAUCCUCCAGGAGCUGAAAGACGAGUACGACAAGAGGGAGCUGUGCCUUCUCGCUCAGGAUAAAGCUACAGAUCAAUAUCUGCAGGCAGAGCAAACGGGAAUGAACGAGCGUCCGGUGGACGCAGAUUCAAGCACACAGGAAUUCGUCAUUGACUGGAAGAAACAAGCCAGCACCGUUGGGGACACCGAUGCGCUGGUAGACAACAAGGACGAUGCGCUUGUGCCCUUGGGUCUCGCUGCAACGACGAUUGCUCACAUCGCCAAGACAACGGAGAAUGGCGCGAUUCUCGUGUUCCUUCCUGGAUUGGACGAGAUAGUCAAGUUGGACCAAAUGCUGCGAGUCGACAAGCCUCUAGGCGUCAACUUCAAUGACGAUCAGCAAUUCCAGGUCUUCAUGCUACACUCUUCUAUCCCGGAUAGCCAGAAGACUGUUUUUGAUCCAUUGCCAGAUGGAUGCAGGAAAAUCAUCCUCAGCACCAAUAUCGCCGAGACAUCGGUGACGAUUCCGGAUGUGCAAUACGUCGUGGACACUGGAAAGAGCCGGGAGAAACGAUACGACCAGAUGCGGCGCAUUACCGCGCUGCAAGCUGGGCGUGUCCAAAAUGGAAACUACUACGCCUUGUUCACCAGGUCGCGGCGCGAGUCGAUGAGGGCCAUUGGCCUGCCAGAACUGCUGCGCUCAGACUUACAAGAAAUAUGUCUCGAUGUCAAGUCACAGGCUUUCAAAAUGCCCGUACGGGACUUCCUUGCUGGGGCUCUCGAGCCGCCUUCCGCCGUUGCAGUCGAUACCGCCAUGCGCGAUCUCACGAUGCUAGGCGCGAUUACUGAAGAGGAAAAUCUGACGCCGUUAGGCCGCCUUCUGGCGUCCUUGCCAGUACAUCCAAGCCUCGGGAAGAUGAUCGUGCUCGGCCUCAUUUUCAGAUGCUUGGAUCCCAUGAUCAUACUUGGCGCAGCAGCGCAUGAGCGCCCACUCUUUGCUAGCCCUGUGGAGAAGAGAAGAACUGUUGAUGCAGUGAAGAGCGCUUUUUCGAGGACGUCCCAAAGCGAUCACAUUAUGCUUCUGAACGCCUUUAGCAAAGCUCGCGAAAUUUCAAGUCUCAACUCCCCCUCAGCGACCUACAACUUUUUCAACAAGUAUUUCAUACACCGAGGCGCAUUCAAUAGUAUCGCAUCGACCGCCAGGCAGAUCGAGGAGAUAUUACAGCAGUCUGGGCUGAUCCAGCCCAGCAGGGGCUUUGAGAAGACGGGUCUCCGCUAUGGCGGAGAUUUUUUGAACGAGAAUUCAGACUCUGAAGAAGUCAUAAAAGCUCUGCUGUUCGCCGGAAUGCAUCCGAACAUCGCUAUGAAUCGAGGCUCCAUGUACCGAACAUGCGGCGAGAAACACACUUUCAUACACCAAUCCUCAGUCAACGAUGUACGUACCCUUGGCCCAAGGCAUCACAUAUUGACGUUCACAAGCCUGUCACUUUCCGCCGAUGGUGGCCGCAUGAACCUUCGGGAUACGACAAAGGGGACGCCUUUGAUGCCACUACUCCUGGCUGGCCAGCUUUCCCAGUCUGGACCGAUGCUCGAGCUGGAUGGCUGGCUGCGGUUCUAUGUCAAAGUGACGACAGGCAGCGACGGCGCCUUGACAAGGCAUAAUGCACGGAAUGCCGCCAGCGAGAUUGCCUUUUUCCGACAGACUCUGGAUCUCAUGCUAGAGGCUGCGUUCAACAACCUCAAGGAUAAGUCGUUUUCUAACGAUGUCUUGCGCGAGAAGCUGGCCGAUGGACUGGCCAGUAUCUUAAGCCACGAAGCAAACCAAAUCGUGCCUGCAUGGGAUGAUCAAGAAAGGAAUAAGAUGGAUCAACGCUGGCUGUCCCCUUCUGCUCAGUCUCCUAACAGACGAGGCGGGCCUCAUAUGGGCUCACGAACGCGCUUGGACGAUCGCACGGUGUCUAUGAAGGAUUUUGAACGUCAGAUCCAACGACAGUCGUGA